AUGCUUGAGCAUUGCAGACCGAAUGACGAGAAGCGGCGUGAGUUCGAACGGAAGCUCGUUCGAAAGAUCGACCUCAGGAUGAUGCCGAUACUCAUCUUGCUAUAUAUCAUGAACUACCUCGACCGCAACAACAUCAGUGCAGCUCGUGACUAUGGCUUGCAAAAGGACCUCAAGCUUACCGACACACAGUAUUCCGUCGCUCUCUCGAUCCUCUUCGUAGGCUAUAUUUCGCUGCAAAUCCCCAGCAACCUCCUUCUCGUGCGCCUGGGGCGACCGCGCCUCUACAUCCCGAGCAUCGUAGCGCUAUGGGGCAUCGUGUCCGGUAUGACAGCGUUGACGCACAACUACUCAGGCCUCCUUGCCGUACGCAUCGUUCUUGGCAUGGCAGAAGCCCCAUUCUUCCCUGGAGCGUUAUUCCUGCUCUCAAAAUGGAUGACCAAGAAAGAACUAGCCACACGUACGGCUUUGUUGUUCAGCGGCAGUAUUUUGAGCAACGCGUUCAGCGGCUUGAUCGCGGCUGGUCUGCUCAAGUUGGACGGCCUCAGGGGCAUUGCAGGAUGGAAAUGGAUGUUCAUUGUCGAAGCAACUCUCACCGUCUGCAUCUCUGUGAUCGCCUUCUUCGUUCUUCCCGACUUUCCAGAGAACUCUUCCUUCCUUAGCGAGGAAGAGCGGAGCCUGGCAGUUGCGCGCUUGACGGAAGAUGCUGGCGAGGCAGAUGUGGGUGGGGGCGACGCGAAUGGGCACGGAAACACGUCGCAUGGCCUGCUGCUUGCGGUCAAGGAUCUGAAAGUGUAUCUGCUUGCUGUCUUGCUUACUGCUGUCACUGCUGGGCUCUCAUUCAACGCAUUCUUCCCUACGCUCACGGGAACUCUCGGCUACGGACAGACGCAGACGCUCCUCCUGACGGUCCCACCCUGGUUCUUUGCCUUUGUCUGCGUAUACUUCAACGGACGUCACGCCGAUGCCACCCAAGAGCGCUUUCUGCACAUCUCGCUUCCCCUGGUUGUCGGCAUCGCUGGCUUCAUCAUCAGCGCAUCGACCAUGAACACCGCCGCGCGCUUCGUAGGCCUUUUCCUGAUGGCGCCGUCCUAUGCCGGCUAUGUCGUCAUCCUCACAUGGAUCAGCAACACGAUCCAUCGCCCCACGACGAAGCGAGCCGUCGCGCUGGCUGGCAUCAACGCAUUUUCGCAGCUCGGCAACAUCGCUGGCAGCUACAUCUGGCAGAAGAAGAAGUUUGGCCCUCGCUACUGGCAGAGCAACCUCAUCUGCACGUGCAUGUUCCUCGUCGGCAUCGCGCUCGCGCUCGCCAUGCGCGUGCGCCUCGCGCGCGACAACAGAGCGCUUGAUCGCAAGUAUGGCACGGUCGAGGAGACCCAGGCAAGCGAAGGCGGGAAAUCGACCGCUCAUUUGACCAAGAGGAAGUUCCGCUACCUGCUUUGA